UGACUCAGCCUGCCAUGCUGAAUGCAUAGUUGAUGUUUCGACAAUCUUAAGGUUGAUGCCAGUGAUUGGUGCAGCGUGGCCGUUUGACCCUGGCUUUGCGGCGCUUGGCAGGUACAGCUAUGGCGUCACUCCGCUACCAGAUUCCAGGAUCGCAUCGCAACUUCCUCGCCUUGGUAAGAUCGGCACAAUGAGCCAGGCGCAGCGAUGUGGUUUCCUUGUUUCCUUGUUUCUCUCAUUGGGAACGCGGCACGACGUGUGCUGUUAUACUCACCACCUCACCUCACCAGACUUCUCACCCAGUAACACUUGGUCCUCAUAUCGCUCGCUCUCAACGCGCACUCUAUACUCCUCCAUAUCACAUCUGUACUGGCUGCUAUCCUUUGCUCUCGUCGCGUUCCCGCCAUAAUUCAUAUUUAUCCUUGAUAGCACAUUCCUCCUAGCGGCCAGGACGAUGUUUCCCUCCCGGGACCCGGGGCAUGUUCCAGCUUCACCAUUACUCUUCGUUCUUCGCAUAUACACAGUAUUCCUCGCUCUCUCGUCAUCACCUAUCGCUGAAGGAGCGCACCACAUGAGCCGGAAGGCACCUCGCAAGCUCGAUCGCCGCAAAGAGCCUAUGACGCCUUUGCUAGUUACAAACAAAUGCCCAGAAGUCAUAUAUCCCGGCAUAUCCACUCAAUCUGGAGAAGGUCCAAAAGAGAACGGGUUCAAGCUCGACCCGGGAAAGUCGUAUAAUCAAACGGUCUCGGAAGACUGGCAGGGUCGGGUGUGGGGAAGGACCAACUGCUCGUUCAAUGAUGAUGGCACGAGGCCGAAGGAUGGCGGAGCGAAGGCGUGUGGCUCGGGCGAUUGUAAUGGUAUAGUGAAUUGUAGGGUCGGGGGUGACGUUCCAGUCUCUCUCGCAGAAUUUACACUCGAUGCUGGAGACGGUCACACGUACUACGACAUAUCACUCGUCGACGGAUACAACAUUCCGAUUGCGAUCGUCCUGCAGCCACUCCAGAACGUCAGUCUUGAUGAUAUCCCUCCGAACCUCACGAACCCAUCUUGUCAAGGAACCGUAGGCCUUUUGGCGCAGCAAGGCUACGACCCCUACGGCGACCACCCAAACUUCCUCCGGACAAAUAGCUCGUACCCGCUUCCUUUCGAGCAGAAAGUUAAUGACAAGCAAGUAUCGAGAUGGUGCCCCUGGGAUCUGCAGCAAAGCCCUCCCGAUAAGCCCGGAGACGGUGUGUAUCCGUAUCCUGAUGAUAAUAUUGAAAGACCGGCAUUCAAUCCUUGCUAUUCUGCAUGUGCGAAAAAUAACAAGCCAGAAGACUGUUGUACAGGGAAAUACAACUCGCCGAGUGCUUGCAAACCGAGCGACUAUUCAAAAAACGUGAAAGCCGUGUGCCCCGAUGCCUACAGCUAUGCUUUCGACGAUCAGACCUCAACUUUCAUCAUCCCGUCCGGUGCUGGAUUCGAGGUCGUUUUCUGCCCUGGCGCGCGUUCUACCAAUAUCUUGGCGACGGAGUCCGACAAGAUGCUGCAGCUGGCCCAGCAGGGACAUGUUUCGAACGACAGGAGAGACCUAGCUAUGCCAAUGCAUCGAAAAAAGCACGCACCCCUCAAGCGGAGCGGGGUGGCGCGGAGUAUCCUUUUGGAGAAUCCCGUUCUUAUGGUUACUCCUGCAUUGGCUGCAGGUGUUCUUGCAUAUGCGGCUUUUUGUUGAGUGCCAAAUGUUAUUUCCGCGAGCUGAUGCGUAGGCCAAUUUCCUAUUGCUCGUUGUUAAAUAGCUUGAGAUACCCUUUUUGCCUCGAAUACAACGUACUUCCAUCCAUCCUGAUUGAGCCACUCGUUUCCACGCGGAGUCCUACGGAUUGGGAAAGCUCAGCUGUGGUCAUACGUAAGAUAGUGUCCGUG